AUGUUUGCACAGAAGUCUGGGAAAGCAAAGCUCGACGAUGUUACCAGAAUACUCAACGACCUAAGGGCUGAUCUUGACAAUCCCAAGCUGUCCUCGCGACUACGAAAUCAACAGCUAGAGCAGCUCAAAGUCUACGGCCGAGACCCCAACAAUGCGGAGCCCAUAUUUACACAUGACAGCGAGAGCAUCGACGACGAGUUCCUAGUCUCGCGCAUCCUCUUCCUCACCACCUACAACACGACCCUCGACUACACAGAGCUAGUGAACGAGCACCACCUGGCAGACAACAUCAACGCCGCAAUUCAACGACAUGCAAGCCGCUACACUCAGCCGCGUCAACGAGCACAAGAACACACAGCACCCAUGGACCUGAUGGCCCUGUCAGAGACCCUCAAGCUCCUCUUCAACAUCACACACUUCCACCCAGACCUGUCGCAGUACUUCGCCGACUCGAUCCCUAACAUCUUCCACAUCCUCACUCGCCGCGACUCCCCUACGAAACCCCUUGACGCACCUGUAUCCUUCCUCGUCAACGCGCUCCUCAACCUCGUCCGAGAAGAAGGUACAGGCACCGACCAACACCCGCACGAUCCCGUCCUGCACGCCGCCGUCUUCCCCGUCUCCAACCCUCCGGGCAACGUCACGCAUCUCAUCACCACCCUCGACAGCGCGAUACACACAUAUCCCACCUCAGAACUCGACGCGACCAUCUCGCCCCUCUUCACACUACUGCGCCGCAUCUACGAAAUCGCGCCCGCAGACGUGCAAAUCGUAAUGCAAUCCAAACUGCUCCCCUCCGACACUGACCGCGCACAACCACUCGGCAAGUCCUCAUCUCUCCCCUCGCGUCUGCUCAACCUCAGCACGUCUGCCCAGACGCCCGCGCUGCGCGACUCCAUCGCCGCCUUCAUGUUCGAGCUGUCGUCCAAGGACCCAGCAAAGUACGUUCAGAACGUCGGGUACGGAUACGCUUCCGGCUUCCUGCUUUCGAAGAACAUUCCCAUGCCCGAGGGCGCGAUUCAGGAUGCGGGCGAGGGACGCAGCGGUGGUGUGCCGGUGAAUCCGAUUACAGGGCAGAGGUUGGAUAGGGAGGAACAGGUCGAGAUGCCGGAGAUGACGCUCGAGGAGAAGGAGAGGGAGGCUGAGAGGCUGUUUGUUCUAUUUGAGAGGUUGAAGAAGACGGGAGUUGUGGACGUCAAGAACCCGGUUGAGGAGGCGUACAGGAGUGGGAGGAUUGAGGAGUUGAGUGAUUCAGACUAG